AAAUGAUAAAAAAAGCAUUGUUUCUUCUUUUAGACGAUGAUGAUGAUGAUGAUGAGGAGGAGGAGGAGGAGCAGAUGUACGAGCUGGUGUCUGAACGCACUGAAGAGACAGACAGCAGUGAGGAUGAGGACAGAGAAAACUCAACGACUGCUGAUCAGCCAGAUGAAGAAGAGAACGCAGCCGAGCUGGAUCAGCACAAAGCCAUCAUCGAGGACAUCAGGAAGACGGAGUUCGGCAUCGGCGUGGAGCUGAACGAGGAAGGCCAGAACCUGAUGAGGAAGCAGCAGGCGAGACUGGGCCGCAGUCUGGAGCGCCUCUCCACUGAACUCUACAGCAAAGACACACACUUCGUGCUGGAGCUCAUUCAGAACGCUGAUGAUAACUGCUACCCUGACGGCCGAGAGCAGCCGGCGCUCGCCUUCGUGGUGGAGAAGGACUGCAUCACCAUCCUGAACAACGAGUGUGGGUUUGAGGAGAACAACGUCCGUGCCAUCUGUGACGUGGGCCGCAGCACCAAAGGAAAACACAAAUAUGGCUACAUCGGUCAAAAGGGCAUUGGCUUCAAAUCAGUCUUUAAAGUCACCGACUGUCCGGAAAUCCACUCCAAUGGUUUCCACAUCCGAUUUGACAAGAACAGCGGCCCCAUGGGAUACAUCCUGCCUCACUGGGUGGAUCAGGAGCGUUCUGUGAGCGCUGAUGCCAGAGAGAUUGCAGAGCAGAGAUGGGCUACAAAGAUCCACCUGCCCCUGCGCUUCGAGAGCUACCAGACUAAAAACCUCUUCCAUGACGUUCAUCCCUCUCUCCUGCUCUUCCUCCAUCGCCUUCGCUCCAUCUCCAUCUUCAAUGAGGCUGAGAAGCGUUUGGUGUCGAUGACGCGGCGUGAUCUGAGCCAUAACAUCCUGGAAGUGGCACACACCGGUGGAGAAGAGCGAUGGCUAGUGGUCAAGAGAAUGCUUUAUCCUAAAAAGAUUAAAGAUGAGGUGGAGUCGACAGAAUUGGCUCUGGCGUUCCAGCUCAGUGACUCGUCUUCCUGUGAUGUGAAGCCUCAGAAACAGCCCGUCUUUGCCUUUCUUCCACUUCGCAGCUUCGGCUUCCGUUUCAUCAUCCAAGGUGAUUUUGACAUCCCUUCCUCCAGAGAGGAUGUGGACCGGGACAGUUCCUGGAACCAGUGGCUUCGCUCUGAGAUCCCACAGCUGUUUGUACACGCCAUGGACGUCUUCAGUCAACACCCAGAGUUCAGCGGGCUCGGAGGCCUCUGUUACUUCAUGCAGUUCAUCCCUCAACCAAGCGAGAUCCUGGACUUCUUCAACCCAGUGGCCAAUCAGAUCAUUCAGCUGCUGAAGGGCAAAGCUUGCCUUCCUGCCAAAGAGGACAGCGAGGGUCGAGUGGAGUACAAGCAGCCUUCCCAGCUGGCCGUGUGUCAGGACCGUCUGAUCCAGGACGUGAUUGGAGGAGAGGAUCUGUGCAGAAGCCUGAGUCUGUCUUACCUGCAUCCUGCGCUGCAGUCCCGUCUGUCCAGCUCUCUGCUGACCGCGCUGGGCGUACAUCGUCUCCGAGCCAGCGAGAUCAUCACGGUCACCUGUGCCAUGGCCAGAGAGCUGGUGCAACACGGCCGGCUCCAGACAGAGCAUGAUCUGAAGAAGCUGGCCAGGCUGUUGGUGUGUGACUUCCGUGCGCUGGAGCCGGAGUACGAUGUUGACGCCCUGCUCCAGUCCCUUAAAGACGUUCCCAUGAUCCCUCUGGCCAACGGCAGUGUGGUUUCUCUGAGUUCAGAGGGAGUUUUCUUUCCUCUCAGUGAUGUGACGCAAGCUCAAACAGAUCUACAGGCUCUCUACAAGGACCUGAACAUUGUGGAGCCGCGGCUGCUGGCGUGUCUGGAUGAACUGGGAAACUCGCAGGUUCGGGAGCUGCUCCGGAGACUGAACGUCCACGAGCUGGAGCCACAGCAGGUCCUGCAGCAGCACAUCUACCCGCUGCUCAGGAGCAAAGCCUGGGAGAAAAAGCCAGAGGAUAUCGUCAUCAGCUACCUGGUGUUCAUCAAACUGCACUCUCAGGAUCAGGAUUACAGGAGCCUCGUCACGAACGUCCCUGUGCUGACUAACAAGGGCUUCCUCUGCCCCGCCGAGCACAAAAUACACUUCUCCAAAGAGUACGACAACAUCCACCUUCCCAGUGUGCUCCCCGGUGUGGACUGGGUGCUGCUGGACGCUUGCUAUCUGAGGGCCGACCGAGACCAGAGCGGAUGGAGAGACUUCUUCAGUGCGCUGGGAGUGAGAGACCUGCUCAUCUUCAGGAAGGAGAAGCGCACCUUUGACUCCUCUCAACUGGCGUCCAGCCCGUGGGCAGUGGAGAGCAAGCCGUGGUCCAGGCCUGCGGAUGGACAGUAUGUCAUCGAGGAUCAGCACUGCGCUGAGUUUCAUACGCUGGCCACUGCAGAUCAUCUGACCGCUGACAGCAAACUACAGCAGAGACUAGCUCUGAUCAGCCUUCUGGACAAGAACUGGGACACCGGAGAGAAGUACUCGCAGUACCUCUGGGUUCAGGUCUGUGACAGUCAGGGUCGCUCUGUGAGAGAGGCCAGAUCCUCCUUCUACCAUCAGCUCACACAGCUGUCCUGGAUCCCCGCUCGCAGACCGCCCUGGGACGACAGCCGACCCGUUUCAUACCUACAGCCCAAUUCUGUCUACAUCUUCUCUGUGGAAGUGCACCGGCUGCUCGGCUCCCACGUCGAUUACGCACACGGUGCUCAGAUGCCCAGUGAAUUCACCAGAGCCAUAGGAAUGAGACACACUGUGCAUGUGGAGGACAUGAUUGGCUAUCUGAAGCGUUGGUGCAUGAAGGUGUCUGAAGAUACGUCUGAGGAUCCUGAAGGAGCAGAUUUCACUACUACAGUCGAUCACAUCCAUGCAGUCUAUCGAUACCUGUCCGCCGAGUGCACGAGCAUCAAGCUCCGAGACUUGUUCCAGCAUGCACCUGCUGUCUUCAUCGAGUACGACAGGGAGGAUGACUGGUGCUCUGGGCGUUUCUAUCAUCUGAAGGAGGUUUGCUGGUCUGAUCCCACAGGCAUGUUUCACAGAUACAAGGAGCUGAUUCGACGGGCUGACAGCGGCAUACAGGAGCCCAGAGUCCUCGCACCCUUUUAUAAUAAUUUGGAGGACAUGAAGAAAUUUUUCAAGUCUCUGAAUGUGCAGUCCAGUCCAUCUAUGCAUCAGUACGUGUCUCUGCUGGAGGCCGUCUGUGAGGCGUCUCCUCUUGCGACAGGAGAGGUUGUCCAAGACGUCUCUGUCAUCUUCGCCAAACUAGCUGAUAUCUGUAAGAGCCAUGUUCAAGGAGAUCAGGAUCAGGACACUCAGCUCAACCAAGUCUACUGCAGCUCUCUGAAAGAAAUGGUGUCUCGUAAAAGAGUGUUUCCCACCAAGACUAGCAGUUGGGUCACAUUAGCUUGUAAGCCCAUGAUCGCAGACAACGCGAACCUGGAGAAGAUCUUCAAAGCGCAUAGUUCGGUUUGUCUGCUCAACCUGCCGUGUGCAGCCAAGAGAGCAGCCAACAAAUCCAGGCAUGAAGGUAAGCAGGAGAAGGAGGCGUUCAGCGAGCGCGACCGUGAGUUAUUCCUGGAGAUCUGUGGGGUGGAGCGGCUCUCCUGGCGUGUGACCACUGAAGCCCAGACCGAGAACUACAGGCCUUGUCCCACGGUGCAGACCCUGGUGCGGCAGCUCGUCCCCUACAUCCAGAGGUUCAUCUACGGCACUGAUUUCGAUGGCGUGUACAGUGAGCUGAAGGAGAGUGGGAUUGCUAAAUGCAUUCACUCGCUGAGUUUUGGACAGGUUGGGAAGCUGUAUAAUCACUAUCGGCUUGAGGUGCCGGAGGAGAACCCGAUCUACGAGAGCGAGGAUAUUAUAUGUCUCCUAAAAGACAAAAAAGAGCUGUACAUCCAUAAAGAUCACCUCUCAGCCAAACUGGACAUCUGCAGAGAGCUGGUGAAACUGUUCACCACAGACAAGAGCUUUGCUAAAGAGCUACAGAACUUCCUCCAGGGCCUUGUGACAUGCAUAAAUGACCGAGCUGAUUUAAAGAGGUUUCUGGACAGAGAAAAUGCUCCAGAACUCCCUGAAAAUGAGGAACGAUGGGAGGUGCCAGCACCGGUGGAAGUAAAAGCAGAAACCAUCGGUAAGCAUCUCUUCACGUGCCAGAACUGAGGCGAUGGUAAGGGACAGACUCUCGCUCACAGAGCUCUGAACGCAUCGUCUGCACAGCUGCAUUUGAUCCCUUUGAUUUCUCCUCUAGUUUAAUCUGUGCCUCUCGCCCUCAU